AAUCCCUUCAGUAAAGUCUGUUGAUGGCGAAUAUACGAAGGAAUUGAAGCGAAAAGCUCGCGAAGAAUGGCUUCGCUUGAUCCUCAGAACACGGGAAACGACGGAAGAAGUGAAACAGAGAAUUGAGGCAAACAAUAUUUUUGUUUGCGAGCUGCAUUUUAAACCAGAAUGUAUCGUAACUGGUAAGUAUUUGUGGCCUAUAUUUUCGUGAUAUAUUUCUUUGUAGGGACAGCUGUUUAUACAAUAAUAUAGUCAAAUAUUUAACAUAAAGGACGCAUUGUUCAUGAAUAUUUAUAUAUUAUUUGCUACUGUAUAAACUGAAUCUAAUUUGCAUGUUAGGAAAAAGAAAAACAUUGGUUACGGGCAGCAUCCCGACAGAGAACCUGCCACAGAAAAGCCACGAAGCUCCUAGUAAACCAGAACGCCGAUCUCUUGUGAGGAAAGUUGACACUGCUGUCGUUGAAAAGCCGUCAACAUCGUCUCAGAUCGAGCCACGAUUUGCCGAUAUGGAGGAUUUUACAAAGCAGCUCGACCAGAUGACAAUUGAACCAUGGCAAAUUGACAAAUCCUACGAGGGUGAGAUACGGAUCGAGUUUUACGACAAGAGUCAUUGUGCUCCUAAUUACAGUGUUGUUGUAAAUUCAUCUCUGGAAUUCACUAUAUUUGUAUUCAGCUGGCCACUACCUGACCACCAUCUAAUUUAUAAGGAACAUAAACGUUCUAUUAAGUAUUUGGACGUACACGAGCUGUUGCAAACGAUAGAAAAUUCCAGAUUUUGCCAGGGACUGAUAGAGGACGAAGAUAUUAUGUCUGCUGCUACUAAUCCAACUGGAAAUCCUGAUCCAAACCCAGUCACAAUUGUACGCCAUACCAUUCCUAAAACGAUCGAAGUCCAAGAGGCUCAUUUUGAAGUGACACUCUUUUAUCGAUCAGUUGCAUGUGAUAUCCUUGUUGAUAGCAAACAUUCGAAGGAGUCUUGUCAACCUUGUGCAACUGCCUCUAACACAGUAAAGAGAGCUGCACGAAAGAAGAGCAAAGCCUCUGCAACCCCAGCUAAAUCUAAAGCCUCUUUACAAGCAUGUGGUCCAGACAAGUUGCAGGCGACAGUAAGAUCAACAAGAUUGCAAGUGAAAGAUCUUGAGGACCGCUUGCAGCAAAUGCAGACAAAGAUCGAGCAGCAAGGGAUUGGGAUUAGCGAAAGCUUGGAGAAGGACAUUCUCAAAAUCAUGGGAGGACAAAGCCUCGAAGCAACACCCCACAUGAAGUUCUUUUGGCAGGAACAAAUGAAAUUGUUGCAAUCAGCCAAAAUGGGUAGAAGGUACCACCCCCAAGUAAUCCGCUUUGCUCUUUCCAUUCAUGGGAAAUCUCCAUCCGCUUAUAGAGAACUACGAGACAGCGGCGCCCUUAUUCUCCCAAGUGAGAGAGUUCUUCGGGACUAUAAGAACUAUUUUAAACCGAAAGCUGGCAUCAACAAAGAGAACGUCGAAACCCUACGAGAAAAAACCUCAUCUUUCACUCCUGUACAAAGAUAUGUAGCAGUUGUUAUGGAUGAGAUGAAGAUACAAUCAAAUCUUGUUUUUGAUAAAGUGUCUGGGGAACUUAUUGGCUUCAUCGAUUUGGGUGACCCCAUGACUAACUUUGCCAAUCUCACUGAUGAAGAUCCGAUUGCGACACAUGCCUUGGCAUUUCUUGUGAGGGGAUUAUGCACUGAUUUGAAGCAUAUCAUUGCAUAUUUCUUCACAGGAAAUGUCACGUCAUUCCAUAUAAUGCCUCUCUUCUGGAGAACUGUAGCUGUGCUGGAGGUGUCCCUCAAUCUUCGUGUGUGUGCUGCUGUGAAUGAUGGCGCUUCCCCCAAUCGAAAGUUUUUUCGACUUCAUUCCAAGUUGGCCAAUGAAGUGAAUUGUGAUGUUGUGUAUAAAACACCAAACAUUUUUGCACCAUCGCGAUUCAUUUUCUUUUUUGCUGAUUCUCCACAUCUCAUGAAGACAGCCCGUAACUGCCUGUACAAUUCUGGGUAUGGAAGUCGCAGUCGUCUUAUGUGGAAUGAUGGGCAGUAUCUGAUAUUUCAACACAUAGCAGACCUCUUCUACAGCGACCAAGAUUUUUCUCUGCACACCCUCCCUAAGCUAACCUUAGAUCACAUUGUGUUGACCUCUUUCAGCAAAAUGAAAGUUAAAUUAGCAGUCCAGGUCCUCAGCAAGUCAGUCGCCAUUGCUCUGCGAGAAAGUGGAAAAGAGGAUGUCACCGGUACCGCCCAGUUCUGUGAAAUGAUGAAUGGGUUCUUUGACUGUACCAAUGUGAGGUCACUGACCGAGCACAUCAGGAAAAAGAAUUCAUUCAUCAUGCCAUAUGAGUCCUCUGAAGAUGAGCGAUUGACAUGGUUGAAGGAUGUUUUCCUCAACUACCUGGAAAGCUGGAAACAGAGUACUCUAACACGCGAAGGAGAGUACACACCCGAUGCCAGACAGAAAAUGUUUAUCUCUUCCCAAACGUAUGAAGGCCUGAAGAUUGCUGUGAACUCUCAUGUUGAUGCAAUUAAAUUUCUGCUCACUGAGGGAUUUAAGUAUGUCCUUGCAGAGAGAUUUAUGCAAGAUAUUCUCGAAGAUUACUUUGGUCACCAAAGAGAGAAAGGAAGAAGGACAGAUAAUCCAACUGCCCAGCAGUUUGGAUACAAUGAUCUGACAAUAGCUUCCCAACGAGACAUUGCUCCAGUAAUUAGAGGUAAUGUUGGUGGACGUUAUGAGAAAGUGAAAUGGCACCAGGUGAGCGAGGAACCAGUAAAAAAGCGUCAAAAGAAGUAA